AUGGGUGAGCAUCAAUCAACUGGACGUUCACCGGCUAAGUUAUUAAUGGGGCGAAAUUUAAAAACGGGAUUGAAUUGGUUACGUCCUAAUGUUAGUUAUGAAAUGGAACGAUCGAAUAUACGACAAAAAGUAGCGCAUGAUGAACAUAGUCAUAUGAGAGAAUUUGAGAUUGCACAACCGGUAUGGGUGCAUAAUGAAAUAAAUUCAGGUUGGAGAGAAGGAGUUAUAAAAUCCAGAACUGGUAGAUAUUCUUAUUUGGUAGAAAGCAAGGAUAGAAUGGUACGAAAGCAUGCGGAUCAACUUCGAAAAAGGGAGGUAGCUAAAGAAAUGGAGAAGUCUGGGCCAGGGAAAGAAAAUGGAGAAAAUAUGGAGUCAGAGAGAGAAGAGGAAAAUAUAAAAAAUAAAGAAUCGGAUAUAGUUGAGAUUUUAGAAAAUGUGGAAGAUAACGGAAAACUAGAAACGCGGAAAUCACAAAGAGCCAGGAAACCUACAAAUCGGCUGAUUGAGGAAUUGUAA